AUGAGCGACCUAACAAUCGUUACAUUUUGUCAAUUCUUAUCAAAUUUCACUCGUAAUCGAUGUUAUUUGAUUGAAAAUUCGAAUGCAUGUCGAUGUGUUGGUGAUGUUACUAAUCCAAUGUCGCCAACACUUGUUGUUAGUACAGCACCUGAUAUAAUGUCAAGUGAAGUAUUUUUAAUAUUUUUUGUUUUGGCUAUAUGGUUAUCAGCAAUUGGAUUUUGUCUUAAUCAAUAUAAGUCACUUCGUCGUCUUGAAACACAAGUACAUUAUUGUGUUAAUCGUAAAGAUCCAUUGAAUAUUGGUGACAUUAAAAUUGUUACACGUGAACAAGAUUCAAUCAUAUAUAAAAAGAAACGUUAUUCAACAUUACUUGAUACACAUAUUAGUCAAGAUGAAUUAAAAAGUAUAAAGUAUGUACAAGAAUAUUUACCAAAAAAUCCUAUGAAAAUAAUGCCACCAAUAUUAUCUACACUUGCUAGUAGUCAUGAGGAUCUUUCAAAUAAUAUUCCAUUAUCAACAGCAGUUGGACCUAGUCCGUCAACAAAUAUUUUAUUAAGUACAUAUCAAGAAAUAAAUGAAUUUCAAUCAUCAAUACCAUAUUUCACAACUGAUACAGAAUCAAAUAGACGUAUUGAGAAAAGUUCAUAUUCGAAUCGAAAAGGAAGUGCUCAAUCUUCAAUAGGUCUUACUAUUCCACAUAUUUUCACUCCAAGUAGUUUACCAGCAUCAUGGCAUGAUUCAAAUUUGUGUACAAUAGGUUGUUCAACACAACAUUUAUGUGUUCCACCGAAUAGUCAACGAUCUACUCGUCAUUCUGAUGGUAAUAUAUCACUGCCAGUGCCAAAAAUAAGUGAAACCUAUGCGGAAAAUUCUAAUGAACAAUUGCUUGAUCCUCGUCUUAUAUCUGAAACUGUUCGUCGAAGUUUAUUAGCAUUACAUCGUGAAAGUCAAGAAAAUGUCAAUCUAUCUAGAAAAAAAGGAAAAACAAGAUCAGAAAAUGAUGUAAAUGGAUCAUUUACAGCAUGGAAAAUUAAAAUGAAAUCAAAAUUAAAACGUGCACCUCCUCAUCCACAACAUCAAACAUGUUCACAUUCGAAUACAUUUUUAAUGUCAUCUGUAGGAUAUAAUUGUGAUGACCAGGAUCAACAUUUAUUAGAAUAUGAUAAUACAAAUAAUGAAUCUCCACAUUUGAUACAACCUUCCGAUCAUUAUGCAACAUCAAUAAGUCCAUCAGUUCGACGAAGUUUAAAACAUUAUCCAAAAUAUUUAACACAAAGUACAAGUGAAAGUGAAACAACACAAGGAGAAGUACCAGCAACAACAAGUAUUUAUGUAUCAACAGAUGAGGACGAAUCAGCUGAAACAAUUAUUGAAACAAAUGGAAGAUCAACAUGA